UAAUAGUUAGUCGCUCGUAAGACUCAGACGUGAAACGCGGAAACAAAAGAAAAUAAAAAUUGUAUUUGAUCAGCAGUUCUUCUGAAUUUCGUAAUUACUUCAAGAUCUGCUCUUGAAAAGACGCUUGAUCUUAAAAUAUUGUUAUUAUUAUGGUUUAACUAAUGUGUAAUGUUUACAAUUUUGUGAUAAAAAGAUAAAAUAAAAUUAUUUCGAGAAUAAAAACCUUCGAAAGUAAAUUUUCAAAGUGGAAAUUAAAUAUUAACAUCAAAAACAACAAAAUUAUCAAAAAAAGUAAUUAAUCAUGUCAAAGUGGAUAUUAGUUGGACCAUUUGUCGGCGUGGUACUUAUAACUGUAGCAUUGAUCAUCGGUUACGUUGUAGUUCCGCCGAUUGUCGAUCAAAGAGUCACUGAGAACGUUCAACUUGUUGAAGGCACCGAGCAGUACGAGCGUUGGGUGGAAGUUCCACAACCACUCGAUUUCAAAGUUUACAUAUUUAAUGUUACAAAUGUUGAUGAAAUUCAAAGAGGAAUGAUACCGAAGCUUGAAGAGAUUGGACCAUUCGUCUACUCACAAUCACGAAAGAAGCACAACAUCAGAUUCAGCCGAAGUCUUGAUCGAGUGUCAUAUUACUCACAAAUGAGUUUCACUUUCAACAAAGAAAAGUCGGGUUAUCUGACAGAAGACAUGGACAUAACAGUAUUGAACAUGCAUAUGAAUACUAUUCUACAAAUUAUUGAUAAGGAAGGUAGACAAAUUAUUUCAAAUAUGACGAGGGGUGUAGAGCGAACGAUCGAUCAUAUACCGGUGGUCAAUGUCGUCAAGAAAAUGCUGGAUCGAUAUACGCCACUUCAAUCGAUACUUCAAACUGUGGAAAAUGAAACGCCGUUCUUCAUGCCGGUAAUUAAUGAUCAACUUCAUACGAUCUUUGGGCCAACAAACUCAUUCUUCGUGAAGACAACACCAAGAAAAUUCUUAUUUGAUGGAGUUGAGUUCUGCAGAGAUCCUGUUGGUGUCGCUCAACUUGUUUGUCAAAUGGUUGAAGACAGAAAAUCAGCGACAAUUACAAAGACACCAGAUAAUCAUGCACUACGCUUUUCAAUGUUCAAUCAUAAAAAUGUCACUCACGAUGGUUUGUAUGAAGUCAACACGGGCAUCAGACGAUUAGAGCGACUCAUGAGAAUUGAAAGAUGGAACAAUGCAAGAGUUUUACCACAUUGGAAAGCUGACAAAAAUGGUGCACCAACAACUUGUCAAUUUAUUAAUGGAACUGAUGGGACUGCUGUGGCUCCAUUCAGACAAGCAAAUGACAAUCUUUACAUCUUUUCAAGCGACAUUUGCCGAUCGGUUCAAGUUUUUUAUGAUGAAGAAAUUAAUUAUAACGGCAUCCGAGGAUUCCGCUAUUCGAUUCGUAAUAAUUUCCUCAAUGAAAUGCCUGAUUGCUUUUGUAUAGACAAGAUUAAAGGCGCUUUGACUGAGAACAGUGGAUGUUUGUAUCCUGGUGCAUUAGAUUUGACUGAUUGCUUAGAUGCUCCAGUUGUUGCGACAUUGCCACAUUUUCUUAAUGCUGAUCCACGAUACAAUGUCAUGGUUGAAGGUCUUAACGCAACACCUGAAAAACAUAACAUUUUCAUGGAUGUUGAACCUUACACUGGUUCACCUUUGAGAGGGGGAAAGCGAAUGCAAUUUAACAUGUUCUUGAAACAAAUUGAACAAAUAAAAUUAUCAGAAAACUUUAAAAUACCUCGACUAUUUCCUGUUCUGUGGGUCGACGAAGGUUUAGAAUUAAAUGAAGAGAUGACAGAUUUAAUAAAAGGAGACUUGACAAAUGUUCUGACACUCGUAGCAGUGCUUCAAUGGUCAUUUGUGGGGAUUGGUGUUGCAUUGAUAUUUGGAAUGCUUUUAUGGUAUUAUUUAUUAACAAGAAAAGUGAAAAAUUCAGCAUCAGUCGAUCCAAUAUAUGACGUGAAAGGAUAGCAAGAUGACAGCAAUGUGAUAAGUGUAAUUGAACUGGAUUAGUAAUACCAGUUAUAAGGUGCCAAUGAAACUAUUUAAUUUUAAUGUCAAUUAUUACAUAAGUAAACAAAAGUUCAAAGAUUGAAAAUGAUAAAGACGAAGAAAUGAAUAAAAAAAUUUAUUAAGAAAAAGCUAAUAA